GCCCGGGAGCUUGGGGAGCAGAAGGUGCAGACAUUUUGAGGCCAACGCGUAUUGUUUACGAAAGUAAAGGGGGCGACUCACGCUUCCUGCGCAGAGUAAAAGGUGUCAUUUCACAUCUGCGAGGCAACGGCGGAGGUCUUGGCGUUCGUUCCCAGCAGCUAAGCUCCAAGGCACCGCACUGCAGCCUUCACGUCCACAACCACAUCCUCACCCCCGCGCCGCCACCGCCGACCCCGGGCACCUUUUGAGCUGCACCGAAUCUCCUCCUCCAAGCCGUCUACAACUCGCCGCAAUCCAUACCCGCUACUCCCACAACUGCAGCCGCAACAGCCUCCCCGCAUCCCACAUCUACGCGAACAUGGCGGACGUGAACAUGACCGAUGCUCCCGCCCCCAAGGCAAAGGUGGCCAAGGCCGGUGCCAGCACGGAAGGCGACAAGAAGCGCUUUGAGGUCAAGAAGUGGAACGCAGUAGCUCUCUGGGCGUGGGACAUUGUCGUCGACAACUGCGCUAUUUGCCGCAACCACAUCAUGGAUCUCUGCAUCGAGUGCCAGGCGAACCAGGCUUCAGCGACGAGCGAAGAGUGCACUGUCGCAUGGGGCAUCUGCAAUCACGCAUUCCACUUCCACUGCAUUUCGCGAUGGCUCAAGACCCGCCAAGUGUGUCCGCUGGACAACCGAGACUGGGAGUUCCAGAAAUACGGCCGAUAGACGCUCCUCCCCGAAUUUCAGAUGCUCAUAUACAGGGCCAGCGAGAGCAUGGACGGCGCUUGGAAUCUCGACGUGGUCAUUUUGGCGUCCCGGUCAUGAAAUAUUCGCAGGGUAGCAUGACAGAACGAUGAUAGUCAUCGUCGAACGAAGCUCCAUUAUCACGUCAU